AUGCGUUCCUUCCCUUGUGGCCUUAUCCUUCUCUUCACUGCUGUGACGGCUUCGUCUCUUCAGGGCCAUGUUCCUAGAGGGACGACGGACCCGGAUCCUGAACGUUACUCAUCCUGUGCUGUUGAGGACUCGGGAUUUGUGCCAGGGGAUGCUGUGCAAGCGGCCAACUUUGUGGUUGAAAAGCUAAUCCCUUCGGAGGGCCGCUACAUCACCACCAACUACUGCUACUACAAACUGUUGAAUACUACCGUUGUCGGUGUUUGCAACGGUGCCGCACGCAACCGCACCAUCACGGCGGAUGAGACUCGUCGAGGCAUUGACCAGAUUGUGAAGGAUUGUGGCGUGGAUAGCGGAUAUCAUGUGGUGAACAACCUGACAUUCUCCAUGUACGGGGUUAGGGGCGGUAUGAAGGCUCUUGUGCCAAAGACUUUUGCCUACCCUGAUUUUCCAGGAUGGGCCGAUGAAGAAACUGAGAUCAUUCCAGUGUUGCCACGGGCGCACGCACAGGUCAACAAUCGAUACUGCAGCAAGACCAAGCGUCAGGCCGGUACUACGAAGACGAUCGAGAAACGAAACUACGCCAUGAACGUAUCCAAUGCAACCUGCCCUGCUGUCUACAGGACAAGCCUGCGUCUCCGGCUGGAUCCUUCCGAUGUCGACCCUCGGGACGAAUUCAUUACCUGCUACGCCCCCUACCUACCUGACGAGGGUGGCAAUUACACCGACACAACAAUCGAGGCUCUGAAGAUCUGUUGUGGAAGCGACCCCGUCAUUGUUCAAGACGACACCCUUCUUUCAAUCCCACACCGCAACUGUUGGUACAGCUGUAACGUCACGAACUACGGGGCAGAAGUCAUAAAGAAGGAGGACAAGUCUGCCUUCACCUUCUGGACCAUCCAACAAUGCCUCCAAAUGCGUACUGAUCGUUCGACAAGGCUCCAAAACCUGGGAACUUGUUAUCCCAAGAACUCUAGCGGGAAAGUCAGGGUAUCAACGUCGCAACUAGGGCUUCUUUUCAUGCUUGUCACUGGCAUACUUCUGGGGUGA